AUGGGAGUCUCCGUACUCGAGUCGUCUUCGUCCAUGACGAGCAGCAUCAUGCAAUACCGCGAGGAAAACGGGAGGACUUACCACGCGUUUCGAGAAGGGAGAUAUGUCCUGCCUAACGACGCGGUUGAAAACGACAGGCUAGGUGAGGCUCACAAGCUCAAGGAGGUGGCCAAGGUCUUUCACCGAGUCCUGACGAUCGAAGCUAUCCAGACCUCCAACAUCAUCUAUGCACUCUCACCUUUGAUGAGAAGCUAUUCCUCUGUCCGGCGGGCCAGGCGAAGCCGCUUCGCCGAGUUCUUGAUGCCGGCACCGGCACUGGCAUCUGGGCCAUGGAUUUUGGUAAUUACGACAACCUUCAACCCCGGUUCCCAGGCAACCGAUGAACGGGCUGACACUUUCUUCCGUCGACAGCCGACGUCCACCCAGAGACACUGGUCACCGGCGUUGACCUCAGUCCGAUACAGCCACUAUUGUAAGACUUCCAAGCAAAGUGUGCUGUUCAUGACUUAUUUCCAAAAAACAAAACUCAGUGUCCCGCCGAACGUGACUUUCUACAUCGACGACUUGGAAGACGACUGGACGUACUCCUACAAGUUCGACUUCGUCUAUGGCCGAAUGCUCACAGGCUCGAUUGCCGACUGGCCCAGGUUCAUCCACCAAAGCUACGAAUUUCUCGAGCCGGGGGGGUGGAUCGAGCUGACGGACAUCCUGCUCGACCUGCAGAGUGAUGACGGCACCGUCGGUCCGGACUGCGCCGCCCAGAGGUGGGCGGUGCACAUGCGCGAGGCUGCGGCGAUAUGGAAGCGGCCGCUGGACAGCUGCAUGUUCUACAAGCAGCAGCUGGCGGAGGCGGGCUUCACCAACGUCACGGAGAGGGUCUACAAGUGGCCCUCCAACCCGUGGCCGAAGGACGGCAAGUUCAAGGAGCUAGGUCAACUGACGCGAGGGGUCCCUAGGCAUGUGGACGUACGAGAACUUAGGAGUAGGCUUGUCCGGGCUGAGCCUGGCCCUGUUCACGAGGGCGCUGGGGUGGUCGAAGGAGCAACUGGAAGUGUUUCUGGUCGAUGUGAGAAAGGACAUGAAAGACAGGUCGAUACAUGGCUGGUGGCCGAUGUGAGUCGAGUCGCCCCCCCCCUCCCCCUUUUUGUUUUUCUUCCCCCGAGCGAGAAGAAAACCGCUGAACGCUUUCUCGUAGAUACGUCGUCUACGCGCAGAAACCAGAAUGAGCAGCUCUUAGACACUGGAGAUACUUGGGGAGAGAGACAAGUUAACGGCAGCGUACGGUGA